GUAGUAAAGAAGGCACGUUUCUGUCAGCACAUGAGGAUAACAACCCCAAACAGCUCUUCUAUUAAGGUAACAACAUGGGAAAGAAUAAGCAAAAAGGGAAAAAACAGAAGAACGUCUUUCAAGUGGCAAACAAGCACUUGAAAAACAAGAACAAAACAAAGCCUGUCACGACAACACUCAAACACAUCAAUGCCUUGAAAAAUGAGAAAGUGGAGAACCUCAAUCAAAUCUUCACAGAAGUCCAGAGGGAUGUGAAGAGUUUUUCGAAAUCGGUUGCACCUGAACCAAAGAAACAAGCACAGGUCGUCAGGGAGCCACCGAAGGAAUCUGUGAACGUUGACAGCGCUGCUCAACUCUUCUCUCAGCUAUAACGUAUCAAGAGAGAAAGACUGUCAUAAACACUGAUAUACAGGCAGAGUGAUCCACUCCUCUGUGCUCAUGUUGGAUGUUUAAAGCCUCAGAGGAGCUGUCAGUUUACCUCCGAAGCAUUUUGACAUUUCAUGCCAAAAUGAGGACUGCAGAUAAGUUGAAAUUUACACUUAUUACAUGACAGUAAAACCGUCUGUGGAAUUUAAGCUUUCGGUAUAUUCAGUGCUGAGAAAUGUCAUUGAUUGACAGACUUGUGCACCGUCAAUUGUAAUAUUGAGAUUGUAUUCCAGGACUAUAGGAUAUUUUUUAUUUCUAUUGAUUUAUUAUUCUUUUGUGUAGAGAUGUUUUGCUUUCAUUCAUUGCAGCAGCUCUAAUUAUGUUCUUGCUGCUUAUUGAUGACUGCUUACUAUUUGUCUAUAAAAUCUCAAUGGUGAAAAAAUUUCCCAGAGCUUCAGCUUGUUUUUCUCUGGACGACUGCCCAAAACCACAUGUAUAUUACAUUAGGUUCAGCUGUGCAAUCUCAUGCAAUCCAAUACAGCAGCUCUGCCAUAAAUUCGACUUUUUACAAAGUUUUUCGUUGCCAUUGUCUGAAAAGUUAUAAUUCUACCUUGUGUGUAUUAUUGAGGGUGUUGUUGGUGGUGUCGGUGUAGUAGAGUCCAUUAUAUUGAACGGUUUCAUCCUCUCUAUUAACAUGCAUGAGGGGGGCAUGGUUUUAUAAUAUAAGGAAAGUAAUUUUCUGUUCAUUAACUAAUUGACUUACCUUAUUAAACAAUAUUGAUAUAA